AUGCCCUCGGAUUUCAAUAAAGACAAGCCAUGGGACACGGACGAUAUAGAGAAGUGGAAAGUCGAGCCGUUUACGCCCAGCGAUAACCCCGCGGGGCCGUUCACAGAAGAGUCGCGAUUCAGCACGCUGUUUCCGAAGUACAGAGAGGCAUACCUAAAGGGCAGCUGGAAGUUCAUAACCUCUGCGCUGGCGAAAUAUGGCAUUGGAUGCGAGCUCGACCUGACCGAGGGCUCCAUGACGGUUUUUACGACAUUGAAGACUUACGAUCCGGCCGCCAUCUUGAAUGCCAGAGACCUGAUCAAGCUCCUGGCGAGGAGUGUGCCCGCUCCCCAAGCUGUCAAGAUCCUCGAAGACGACGUAUCCAUGGACAUUAUCAAGAUACGGAAUCUUGUCGGCAACAAGGAGCGUUUUGUAAAGCGGAGACAGCGGAUACUUGGCCCCAAUGGCUCUACGCUGAAGGCGCUGGAGUUGUUGACCGAGACGUACAUCCUGGUGCAAGGAAAUACCGUGGCCACUAUGGGGGGAUAUAAGGGCCUGAAAACAGCCCGGCGGAUAAUCGAAGACACGAUGGCGAACAUCCAUCCGAUAUACGCCAUUAAGGAAUUAAUGAUUAAGAAGGAGCUUGAGAAGGAUCCUGAGUUGAAGGACCAGAGCUGGGAUCGCUUCCUCCCGAACUUCAAGAAGCGCACCAUGAGCAAGCGGAGGAUGCCGCACAAGGUCACAGACAAGUCGAAGAAGGUCUACACACCUUUCCCUCCGCCGCAAGAGAAGAGCAAGAUUGAUCUGCAGAUCGAGAGCGGGGAGUACUUCCUAGGCAAGCAGGCAAAGGAGCGCAAAACGCGGGAGGACAGGGAAACCAAGAUGAAGGAGAAAAUGGAGGCCAAACGGAAAGAGCGUAUGAGCGAGUAUGUGCCUCCAGCUGAGGAUGCAGACAGCGAGAAGAAGAAAAAGAAGAGAAAGCGAGACGGCGAGGAGAAGGAGAAGAAGAAAAAGAAGCGGAAGUCAGACGUCGAGGUCAACGGCAGUGCUGAUUGAAGCUGGCCACGGCUCACCCACUUGCGGACGAUGAUAAAGCAUAGCGAAGGCGUCUGCAUGUCCAUAGAUCAAU